AUGCCCAGUGGGCAUUGCCCACCAAGGUUCUGCACAUCACCACCAGGAAGUCCCCUUGUGGUGAAGUAUUUCUCUAUUGGUUUAUUACUUAGCCUGCUAUUACCUGUAUAUCCUCUGCUUAAGGAAAUUGUUAGUGGCGUCUCACAGGGUCCCUUGUAUCAUAAUUCAAAGACAGCAGGGAGAGAUCCAGGGUUUGCGUUGAGGUACCAACACUUGGAUAGAUUUGAACUUCGUGUCCACAAACAAGUUAUUGACCUCUUCAGCUCCCCUGAAGUUGUUAAGCAGAUUACCUCCAUCGCUAUUGAACCUGGCGUGGAAGUCGAAGUUACAAUUGCCGACUCUUGA